AUGCCCUUCGUGCCCAUGUUCCACGUCCUGAGUUGGGGCACGCCCUUCGCGCUCAUGAUGCUGGGUGUCCGCACGGUGCUGAGCUCUCGCUUUAUGGACCCGGCCUCCUUGGUGAGGAUGAUGAUCGAUUGGAAGGUGAACCUCGCCACUGGGGUGCCAACAGUGUGGCAGGGAGUGCGGAGCUACAUACAGCAGCAGGGGGUGGAGACGUUGAAGCCGCAGCUGAGCACCCUGAACCGCCUCACCUGCGGCGGCAGCGCCCCACAGCCCGAGCUCAUGCGCUGGUUCCUGGAGCAGCUGGGCGUCGAGUUCCUGCAAGGCUGGGGCAUGACUGAGACCAAUCCCAUGGGCUCCAUCGCGCAGCGAGUCGUGAAAUACUCAGACGUGGGGAAAAGCGUAGAGGAGAGCUUCAAGAAUGUCACAAAGGCAGGCAUUCCGAACCCCUGCGUGCGAGUGCGCAUCGCCAAGCCGGAGGAUCUCUCCGUGGAGCUGCCGCAGGGCGAGGCGGGGGAGCUCUUGGUGCGAGGCCCUUGGAUCAUCCAGGAGUAUUUUCACACAGAGGCCCCGGACAAGUUUCACGAUGGCUGGCUGGUGACUGGCGACGUUGCAAAGAUCGACGAAGAGGGCGCGAUUGUGAUUUGUGACCGUUCCAAAGAUGUGGUCAAGUCGGGAGGAGAGUGGAUAUCCUCCAUCGAUAUGGAAAACAUGAUCAUGAGCAUGGCGGAGGUGGAGAUGGCCGCGGUGGUGGGGAUCCCCCACCCCAGAUGGGACGAGCGCCCCAUCGCAGUGGCUACUUUGGCCAGCGGCGCCAGCAAAGAGAACCUCCUCGAGAAGGUGCGGCAGCACUUGUCCAAAGCCUUCGCCAAGUUCCAGCUGCCGGAUGACGUCCUUGUUUGGGAGGCGAUCCCGUUGACCAGCACGGGAAAGAUCGACAAGAAGCUGAUCCGGGCCAAGCUCAAAGAGCAGUUGGUGUCGCUCUUGGUGGAAAUCUUAGCAGGGAGAAGCAUGGAGAAGCAGGCGAUGCGUCCAGAGCAGGAGAUGACGGAUCACACAGGCACGCCCGAGCCUACGGCUUCGUCCUCCAGCGACGAAUUCUUUGAUAGAAUCCCAGGACUAUCACCUUCAGAGUCCGAGGAGGAGAUCCAGUGCUCACGGUCGGCACAGCUGGAGAACCACCUUCGGGGCACUUGCAGGCCCUGCCGCUUCUUCCAUCUCACUAAAUCGGGAUGCCGAGCGGGGGACGAGUGCCCGUUUUGUCAUGUCUGCAGCUGGGAGGAAGCCAAGGCGGCCCGGGCCAAGCAGAAAAGCUCCCGGCGCAGCCUCGAGCGGAAGAAGGGCCGCGAAACGCGGACGGGGGUCGACAGUGACUUCCCCGUGAACAGAGCGCUGAGGGGCACGGAGGGCUGCACUUGCAAGACUUGCGCCUGCUGUAGAGUUGGUACCGACAGCUCCGCGCACCUUGCACGCCAUGGCGUCCACGCUGCCGCCAUCAGCGUGCGCUUCGGGCUCAACCACGGUGGGCAUAAGGACAAACAGGUCCGCCAAGUUUGUGUCCUCCACGCCAACUGCGUGAGGUUGCACGAGACACAGGGAGAUGACCGGGAGACUGUCCACUUUCCGCGACUCGGCAAACGCGUUGAGAACAACGGCCAAGCGCUUGACGUUAUGGCAAGACGCCAGGAGAGUUCCGCAACGCUCCUGCGCCAAGCCGGAGCCGUGGCCGCCCUGGAGGAGGUGGACGGCCUAGCCUUGCUGCGCAGGAUGCCCCAAGAGGGGCAAGCUGCCUUCGAGCGUUGGCGCAGGGCUUGGGAGCCGCAGCAGAACGGAACCUUCUGUGGGCCUGCCUCCGCGCUGGCUGGCCUGCGCGUGCUGGGGCUGGAAGGCUCUUGGUCCCAGCUGAAAAUCUACGAGGAGGUGAUCUAUCCCCGACGACUCUUCACCCAAGGGCUUAGCUUUGCCAACGGGGUGGAGAUGCUGAAGAUGCUCGAUCAGAGGUUGGACAUCGUCGAGAGAAGCUCCUUUGACGAGGCGUUGAUCGCCACUCUGUUGCAGCGAGACCUUAGCGAUGCCUUUCAUGGAGGUGAGCCCAUGUGCAUUCUCGUCAAUUACUUUCGCCUCGGAGGUGGCCACUGGAGUCCCCUUGCAGGCUGGAGCGAUGGGCAUGUCUUGAUCCUGGACACGAACCAGCAGCGGCUGCCGCCUCAUUGGGUGCGCCUCCAGACGCUGGUGGAGUCCCUUUGCAGCUACAACAAGGUCACUGGAAAUCCCCGGGGGUACGUGGUCCUGCGGUCCUGUGCCUGAAAGAGGGGGACGAAGGGUGACUGGGUGCUAGCUGAAUCUGAUGGGUACUCUGCA